AUGGCUAGCGGAACAUGCUUUGUGACGUUCUCCUGCUUCCUCUCGGUCCUCUUCUGCCACCUCGUCGGCUUCUGUGCCAAUGCCCAUCCAUCCCCAGUAACAGCUCCAAGUGCCUACUGCGCCUUUAACAGCCACCCAAAUGUUUCUGAUCUCGUCGGCACCACCUACCUCGACCACGUCCACUCCGUAAAACUCCCCUCCUCAGGCCGGGUCUAUCGAUACGCGUACUAUGCUCCUAGUCCACAGGCAAAUAGACCUACCAUUCUCUUUCUGCACGGCUUCCCCUCGAGCUCAUUCGACUGGCGCCGCCAAUUCACUUAUUUCGCUUUGAAGGGCUAUGGGGUCCUUGCGCCAGAUCUCCUUGGCUACGGCGGCACGGAUAAGCCCAGCGAUCCGGCUGCGUAUGCAAUGAAGAGUAUGGCGGCUGAUGUAGUGGAUUUGCUGGAUUGUAUCAGUGGAGCUGGAAAGGCUGUCAUUGUUGCUCAUGACUUAAUUGUUCUUGUUAACAUGGAUAGUGGUUCCGUCUUGCAGUCGCGUGUAUGGACCUACUAUCCCACACGCUUCGAGAAAUAUGUGUUUCUGGAUAUUGGGUACUUUGCCCCAGGGCUAUUCCUCGGCGAGGCCGGCGUGAUAGCCAAUAAGGAUACGCUUGGUUACCAGAUAUUUUUCAACGAGGAUCGCUCCGGCUCUGUAUUGGACCAGCAUCAAGAUUCGAUCUGGUCUUUGUUAUAUACGAGUAAUGUCCCCAAGUACUGGCCAAAAUAUCUUAGUCCGCCUGGCGCAGUAGAAGCCUUCCUCAACAGGAACGGAAGAGUACCCACAGGUAGUUUUGUUUCCAUACAGGAUGAAUUAGUCCACAAUCGUAUCUUCGCAGUCACCAACGGAGGCUACAAUCCGUCGCUGAACUGGUACAGGUCUAUGUACCGCAAUGUGAACCUCGCGGAUGAGAAUACUAUCCCUAAGUCUGCUGCCAAUAUCACUAAGCCCGUGCUCUUAGUGACAGCCGCCAAUGAUACGGUCGGAACUCCUGCCGCAGCAGAAGCUCAAACGCGUCCAUACGCACCUGAUCUAAACGAGCAUCAGGUCGAUUCUGGGCACUUUGUGAUGUUGGAGAGAGCAGAUGAAGUCAAUAAGGCUAUGAGUGAUUUCUUUGAGAAAUGA